UGUUCUCGGGAAGAAAAUAAAUAUUCGGCAGUGUCGCUUCUCACGAUCACGCCACAAUGGAAGAGUUUCUCAUUGCACCAUACAACUGUGGAGGCUAUCCUGGCUAUUUCCCCUUUUAUCCCGGCAACGGGAAAUUUAAGCACCAGAACUGGAACAAAAAGGGAAACAAUUUUUAUGUUGCGCCAGACGCCCCUGAUUAUUUCGACUUUUAUAAGCGCGCGCAAUUAAAAGCGAUAUUAUCUCAGGUGAGCCCGAACCUGACGCCGCGCCUCCGCAAGGCCAACACUAGAGAGUUCGGUGUGCAGGUCAACCCAAAGGUAGAUGUCACUGUUCAGUGCUCACUCGGGCCCAAAACGCUGUUUUAUCGCGGAGAUAAAUGGGACUUACCAAGGACGCCGUCCAUCAGUCCUCUGAAAAAUAAUAUUACCCUGCCCAGCACACCCGUCAACUCCGUGCGCUUCUCCCGCCCCGUCGCCAUCUACUCCCCUGUCUUCGAUCGCAGGAUUUUCUCUUUAUCCACGACUGCCGGUGAAAGUAAGGACGAUGGAGGGGAUGAGAGCAAGGAGACGGAUAGCGAGACGGAAGACGACGAGAAGUGUAAACCGGAUGAACCGACGCACAACGAAAAGCUGCAGGGGAAGUCGGUGGUUCAGCGAAAUAAACGGUCAAACUUCCAGUUUCUGGAGCAGAAAUACGGAUUUUAUCACUGCAGUAAGUGCAAUAUUCGAUGGGAAAGUGCAUUUGUGUGGUGCAUCUCGGGAACCUCCAAGGUGUACUUCAAGCAGCACUGCAGGAAGUGCCAGGCGGGACUGAAUCCGUAUAGAGUGGAGUCCAUUCAGUGCCAGGUUUGCUGCAAGACUCGCUGCUGCUGUGAACGGAAGCAGAGGAACAUUGAUCUGCGCCGUCCUCACCGCCAGGAUCUGUGCGGCCGCUGCAAGGGCAAAGGCCUUUCCUGUGACACCAUCUACAGUUUCAAGUACAUAGUCUGAUUGUUCCGGUCUAUAAGUGUUUUAGAAUUGCAUUGGUGGCUCAGGUGACAUCUUGGGUAGGAUGUAUUUUUGUAUUCCAAUAAAUAUAAAACCAAUAAAGUAUUGCAGCAUAA